GAAUGUCAAGUCAAAUACUCUGCUAAUGCUGUUGUGUUGCGUUUUGAUUUUGUGUUGCGUUAAUUCUAUUCGUGUUUUUAGUAAUUUCUACUUGAUAAAAUUCUCAAUUAUUAGCAAAUCAUGAAAUAUCCAUUCAUAAUUUUAUUUACAAGUCACCAAUAAUGGAUCCAAGAGCAUUAUGCUAGGUGAUAUCCAGUUGACCAAGCGUUUGCUCGUCAUUGCUUUGGUUCUUGGCAUUAUUUAUAUUUUAAAGGAAUACGUGUUUGUUUACCCACUAUGACUCAACACAGGGUUGCGUAUUUCUACAACGCUGAUGUGGGGAAUUUCCAUUACGGGCCGGGACAUCCUAUGAAGCCGCAUCGACUUUCGGUCACCCAUAGCUUGGUACUGAAUUACGGACUUCACAAGAAGAUGCAAAUUUAUAAGCCUUACAGAGCGAGCGCCCAUGACAUGUGCCGAUUCCACAGUGAGGACUAUAUUGAGUUCUUACAGAAUGUAACACCACAAAAUAUUCAAAGUUACUCCAAAGACCUGCUUCACUACAACGUCGGUGAUGACUGUCCAGUCUUCGAGGGUCUCUUUGACUUCUGUUCGAUGUACACAGGCGCGUCGCUCGAAGGUGCAAUGAAGUUGAACAACAAUGCCUGUGACAUAGCCAUCAAUUGGUCGGGAGGGCUACAUCAUGCAAAGAAAUUUGAACCUUCGGGUUUUUGCUAUGUCAACGACAUUGUGAUAGCAAUACUGGAGCUGCUGAAGUACAACCCUCGGGUUCUGUAUAUUGAUAUUGAUGUCCAUCAUGGGGACGGAGUGCAGGAGGCGUUCUACCUCACUGACAGGGUCAUGACCGUCAGCUUCCAUAAGUAUGGAAACUAUUUCUUCCCAGGCACGGGAGAUAUGUAUGAAAUAGGAGCUGAGAGUGGCAGGUACUACUCUGUUAAUGUACCUCUGAAGGAAGGAAUCGAUGAUCAGAGUUAUGUUCAGGUGUUCAAGCCGGUGAUACAGAACGUGAUGGAGUUCUACCGGCCCACAGCCAUCGUGCUGCAGUGCGGCGCGGACUCGCUGGCGGGCGACCGGCUGGGCUGCUUCUCGCUGUCCACGCGCGGACACGGCGAGUGCGUCAAGUUCGUCAAGAACCUCAACGUGCCCACGCUCGUUGUCGGGGGGGGAGGCUACACUUUACGCAACGUGGCACGAUGCUGGACGUACGAGACAUCGUUACUCGUGGACGAGAACAUUUCCAAUGAGCUGCCUUACACUGAGUACUUGGAGUUCUUCGCGCCAGACUUCCAGCUACAUCCGGAGAUCAGCAGUACCAACAACGCGAACACUAAGCAGUACCUAGAGACGAUCGCCAAACACGUGUACGACAACCUCAAGAUGUGCCAGCAUUCGCCCGCUGUGCAGAUGACGCACGUGCCUGGUGACUUCUUCCCCGAGGAGUUCAAGAUCAAAGAGGAACCGGACCCGGAUGUGAGAAUCAGUAAGGAUGAAGCUGACAUGAUGGUGGAUGCCAAGAACGAGUUCUACGAUGACGAGAAGGACAAUGACAAGGAUAAUGUAAAGGAGCCAUAGCAUACACCUGAGCUGGCUGAUCCGCUGGCCGUGUGAGACCAGCUCAGUGAGGCUCAGCACUCACUGACGGUACUCGAAGAUAAAGACAUGGAUCCACUUAGACUAUGUGAUACAGUGCAAAGUGAGUCCAAUGGACUUAGUGUUAUUGUGGAGCUUGUGCAGUGAACGGCAAGACUUAAUUUGAGCAAGGCUGUGAACCAUUUUGUGACUUAAGCAUCAUUUAUUUGCCAAUCAAGUGUUCAGUAUACUAAAGUGAGCCUUGUGAACUAAGUGUUAAUGAAAGUUGCACAAAGAGUGUGAAAACUCACACUGAAAAAAAGGAAAUGGAUUGGACAUUUUGUGACUUAAAUUAUGUGAUACAAGUGUUAGUGUGUACAGUCAAUGGCAACACUUUUACUUGAGGGCUGUAGAGUACUGAGAUUGAUUGUGCAAUUUAAGUUUUUUGUGAUAUGGCCUAGCCCUUUAAAAAUUAAAACAUCUUCCAAGCUAAAAUAUGUUUUGUCUCUUCUGUCAAUCUCAAAUAUUAUGAAAUGUGAUAGUGACAAAACAUAUUGUUUUGAUAGCUUAGAGGAAUAUGUUUAACUUUUUAUGAAUAAUAGGGUAAGUUUCAGCACUCAAUUUUUAAAAUUAAAAACAGAAGUCUAGGUAUGACUUUAUGUGAAAAUUUGCAAAGUGAGCACUAUGUACUGAUUUUGUGUGUAGCUUGUACAGUGAGCACUCUCACUUCAUAACUUUCUCAUCAAGUAGUAUGAGUAACUACUCUGCACUCACAUUAAUUGAUGAAAAAGGUACCUAUGGAUCAUUCAAUGAAUUAUGUGAAGUUGUACAAAGUAAGUCCUAGCAAAGACUAAAUUUAUUUAAGUAGAAAAAUGGACCCUGGGCUCUGGGAAAAUGCUUGGAUAAGAAAGGUUAUAUUGAUGAUAGAAGUGACAAAGUGAAGCAAGUUGUAAGUUUGUUAAUAUAGGUAACAUUUGGAAUUUGUAUAAGCACACAACAUGUUGUGAUAAUAAAUUAGUAAACACAAUAUUCUUCAUGUAAACUUACUUCAUAAUCUUGACAAGAAGUUGAUAGUUUAAUUUUAGAAUUAAAUCAAAAUUAAUUAUUAAGUUGUCUUAUGAAAAUAUGUUAAAUGAGACAUAAUCUGUUGUAAAUAAUAAUAGAUAGGAUUUACAACUAACAAUAAGAUUAUAGGUAAGCUGCUUCCAAUUUAUCAAUCUGUAAAUAACUAAAUAUUUAUAAGUCUUUAGCAAAAUAAUAAUAACAAUAUUAUUUUUAGUGUGGCUAUGUUUGAUGAUAAAUUUAGAUUUUUACUAGAGCAAUCAUGUAAUUUUGUAUUUUUUAUUUGAUUAUCUACUUACAUAAAUAUAUUUUUUUGAAAUAACUGUUAUUGUAUGAAGUGUGAAAAUUAACUAUGACGAUAUAUAGGAGUACAUAAUGCUUAUAAAUAUCCAAUCAUUUACAAGUUGUUAAAUUUAUUAAUAUGCAACACUGGCUUCCUAAUGCAAUUAUUGAUUGAUGUCUAUCUUUCACUUGUUUCAAUAACAUUUUUUAUAGAAUUCUUUACAUUGUUUUUUUACUAUAAUAUUAAACUAUAUUACUUGAAAAUGUAACAGUGAGACACGAGCAAUAAAUAGCAAAGUUAAAAAUACUGAAAUCUAAAAAAAAUGCUUGCAAAUCUUGAUUAAUUAUAUUUUUGUAAAAUGCAAAUUUAGAAAAAAUAAAGUCAAAUAUCACAAUC